AUGCCCUUGGAUAGGAGAAUUGAUGUGACUAAUCAGUUUAUUCCCAUCCUGAACAACAUCAUCUCUUCUCCUAGCUUCACUUCUGACAUAGACAUACAAUUGUCUAAGUUAGAGUCCGACACGAGUGCAUUUGUAUCGGCGCAUCCCAACAUCGUUUUCACGCUUGCUGAUAAAGGCAAUGUCAUUGUCGCUAUGGAUAGGGACGCUUACAGAAACAAAAUGAUUGUGUUAUUGAGGGACUUGGACACGUAUGUUCCGAUCAAGAAAGAUCCGAUUAAAAAACUUACGACAGCUUUAAGGUCUAUGCUUACCAGAUGGAAAACUAAAGGUCAUAUCAAGGACUCUAAGUACAGGACGUUGUACUGUAGUGACGGGUCACUUCCGAGAGCCUAUGGGCUGCCGAAGAUUCAUAAGCCUGGUUGCCCUCUCAGAAUUAUCGUAUCAUCGGUGGGCAGUCCGCUGUAUUCAUUGGCUACUUUUUUACAUAAUAGACUAUUUAAAACCAUUCCGAAAGCGGACAGUCACGUAAAAAACAGUUUUGAAUUAGUCGGGAAAUUGAGAAGUGUACACUUUACAGGUGCACAUGAAUUAAUUUCUUUAGAUGUGACUUCUCUUUUUACGAACGUUCCAACGGAUAUAGCGGUCGACUUUGUGAGUGAGCAAUGGAAUGUUUCCAAGAAUUGCUUCCUGCCCAAGAAGGAGUUUGGGAGCGAUACAGUUUGUCUUGGAUUCAACCUUCUUUUCCUUUGA